AUGUCUACUGGAGCGGAAUUAUUAAGUACGGCAGACCCACACCUUAUUCCAGGAUACGCCGGAUAUUGUCCGCAAUAUCGCUACAGAUGUGGUGAAACGUAUGGAAGUCUCACGCACAAAUUACUUCUUGAUCCUACAAUAAAUCAUGCGGAGACCCUCAUUUUAUCAAACCGAGUCACCGACGAUUACGAGGUCCAGAGGCCACCGAAAAAUGACAUAGAUAUAGUAAACGCUCGAUACAAAAAGACCGAUCCUGUAUUCAUUCAUCCUAUUAUGCCAGGAUAUGAAGGGUUUACGCCAAAAAUGAAAGCCAGAAAUGGGCAAAGGUACACAGUGCUCGCUACAGAAGGUCUUGCAGAAUUUGAACAGGCACAAUUAAAAAAUGAAGCUGCUCUUAAUGAAAUUAAAAAAACGAUAGCUAUACAAAGUGGACAUGGUGAACCGCGAAAUAUAGAAGAACGUUUGCUCAUGAAGAGUGAAUUUAAACUGCCUAUGUUAGCAGUACGACCUGAUUGCGUGGGUGUAAUGAGAAAUUUAUCUUUGGACGAACAACACGAAAAACCCAGAGAUCACGCCCCAUCUCCUUACUUCAUGGACAAUGCAAAUCCGCAGAAAUACUUUAUCAGUCGGUAUGCGGGUCAUAUACCGUAUGGAUAUGCGCAUUUUGGAAAAUCAAAUGUUCCUGCUACCAACAGUGCUCUGUGCGACUUUACAUCUGAUUAUCGAAAACGACAGAGCACAGAAUGGGCACCGGUAACAAUUUCGCGACCUGAUCCACCGCUUAUGAUCCAACCCACCUCCAUCUAUCAUAAACAUGUUGGAAUGCUUCCAAAUUAUCUCGGACAUGUUCCUGGAGAAACAUUUAGAUUCGGCAGAACUUUCGGAGCUGAUACUAAAGAUGCAAAAAGGUGGCUUCGUGGUGAUUCUCCUAUAUAAAAUAUAGGAUACAGCACAAUAG